UUCUCCCUCCCCAUGCUGAAGCACACCUAAAAGUUAACCUGAAAGUUGAAUUGGGACCUUCUGCUUGAUGGAAAAACUCUGUUCGCUUGGUGUUCCUCAGGAGAAACAGGCUCAGGGAAGACCACUCAGCUCCCUCAGUACCUCUACGAAGCAGGAAUCGGCCGCCAAGGCGUCAUCGCAGUGACGCAGCCUCGCAGAGUAGCAGCCAUCUCCUUGGCCACCCGGGUCUCGGAUGAGAAGAGGACAGAGCUGGGGAAGCUGGUGGGCUACACGGUGCGCUUUGAUGACCUGACGUCUGAUGAGACGAGAAUCAAGUUCUUAACGGACGGGAUGCUGCUGCGCGAGGCCAUCGGGGAUCCUCUGCUGCGCAAGUACAGCGUUGUCAUCCUGGACGAGGCCCACGAGAGGACGAUCCAUACUGAUGUGCUCUUCGGAGUGGUGAAAGCCGCCCAAAAGAAACGAAAGGAAUUGGGCAAACUGCCACUAAAAGUGGUCGUCAUGUCGGCUACGAUGGAUGUUGACCAGUUCUCCCAGUACUUCAACGGAGCUCCCGUCCUCUAUUUAGAGGGCAGGCAACAUCCCAUUCAGGUCUUUUACACCAAACAGCCUCAGAGCGAUUACCUCCAAGCAGCACUGGUGUCAGUCUUCCAGAUCCACCAGGAAGCACCCUCUUCUCAGGACAUCCUCGUGUUUCUGACUGGUCAGGAAGAGAUCGAAGCGAUGACCAAAACCUGUCGAGACAUUUCCAAGCACCUCCCUGAUGGCUGCCCGCAGAUGAUGGUGAUGCCUCUUUAUGCUUCUCUGCCCUACUCUCAACAGCUCCGAGUCUUCCAGGGCGCCCCCAAGGGCUGCCGCAAAGUGAUCCUCUCCACCAACAUUGCAGAGACCUCCAUCACCAUUCCGGGAAUAAAAUACGUUGUGGACACGGGCAUGGUCAAAGCAAAGAAGUACAACCCUGAAAUUGGUCUGGAAGUGCUGGCAGUCCAGCGGGUGUCGAAGGCCCAGGCCUGGCAGCGAACAGGGAGAGCAGGGCGGGAGGACAGCGGGAUCUGUUACCGGCUCUACACAGAGGACGAGUUUGAGAAGUUUGACAAAAUGACAGUACCCGAGAUACAGAGGUGUAACCUGGCCAGCGUGAUGCUUCAGCUCCUGGCUUUGAGAAUUCCCAAUGUACUCACCUUUGACUUCAUGUCCAAACCAUCUCCUGAUGCUAUUCAAGCAGCAAUCGAGCAGCUGGACCUGCUGGGGGCUGUGGAGCGAAAGGAAGAUCAGCUUGUCCUAACUCCCGUGGGAAAGAAGAUGGCUGCCUUCCCGCUGGAACCAAAGUUCUCAAAAACCAUCCUCCUGGCCCCGAAGUUCCACUGCACAGAAGAGAUUCUGACCAUCAUAUCGCUGUUAUCGGUGGACAGCGUCCUUUACAACCCCCCAGCACGGCGGGAGGAGGUGCAGUCCGUCAGGAAGAAAUUCAUCUCCAGUGAGGGGGAUCAUCUUACCCUGCUCAACGUGUACAGGGCCUUCAGAAACGUCAGUGGCAACAAGGAAUGGUGCAAAGAGAACUUUGUCAACAGCAGGAACAUGAUGCUUGUGUCAGACGUCAGAGCGCAGCUCAGGGACAUUUGUGUGAAGCUCUCGAUCCCAAUGGAGUCCUCCCGCGGGGACACGGGGAACAUCCGCCGCUGCCUGGCUCACAGCCUCUUCAUGAACGCCGCCGAGCUGCAGCCGGACGGCACGUACAGCACUGUGGACUCUCACCAGCUGGUAGCCAUCCACCCCUCCUCUGUGCUCUUCCACUGCAAGCCAGCCUGUGUGGUGUACAACGGGCUGCUUCACACCAACAAGUGCUACAUGCGGGACCUGUGCGUGGUGGAUGCAGACUGGCUGUACGAUGCGGCGCCUGACUACUUCCGCAGGAGGCUCAGAACAGCCAAGAACUGAGCUGGGGGUCUGGGACCACCAGGUGCACCGUUUUUAGGCUCAUCCUAUAAGAGUGUUUCUUGUUUUGUAAUGAAUGUACAGGAACGGUAGAGCUUUGCCUUGCCAAUCAGGUAAAAACCUUAGAGGAAACUGGCUUCUCCGUGAGAGCCAGACCUCACAAGUUUCCGUGGUUUAGAACAAUCGUCCUUUUAACAGUUGAUCUGUGAAAGGGGAAUGCAGUGUGUACUCUGUGCGUGUGUGCAUGCGUUUGAUAAAUCCCUACUGCGGGGAGCAGAAAGGGGAGCUGUUUUCAGACUCCUGUUUUUAACACUUACUGACAUUUAACAGGUUGUAUAAGAGGAAAUGAAAUCCUAAGAGCUCUUCUGAGCAGACGAGCUAUUUUUUGAUGAUUGUGCUUGUAUCUUUAGCAGGUUUUACUGUCAAAAAAAAAAAAAGAAAAAUUUAAAUGUCUACUUUUAAAUCCCUACAUACAGAGGGGGAAAUGAUGUUUUUUUCUUUUACUGUUUCUAGAAGGGAGGUGCUACUGUCUUACCUCAUCCUUUCUGUCCGCACGUCAUGUUCACCACCUAUUUGGGAUCGUGUGAAGGCCACUAAUGGGGAGAGACCCCAGAGAGGUCUUCACUGUUUGUUUCUAAGCCUUGGAGGCUGCCAGUGUUUUCUUGGAGGGGCUGUCCAGCCACCUGUGUAUUUGAUGUCCUCUUCGUUCUCCUUUUUGCUCUUGGGGCAUGUGAUUCCUCAGCAAAUGCUUCUGUCUUGACUCACUCUUGUCCAUUCACUUCUAGCUUUGGAGUUGGCAUCCCAUCCACAGUAGCUAAUCAGGCCAACUUGAGGCAAAUUCAGCAAAACAAGAAUGAAAAUGUAGUUUAGAGACUGGACUUCAUUAUUAAAAGCCCUUGAUUCAGCAAACAUUCCUGUCUUCUGCUCUGGCUCCAGUGCUUCUUCCCCCUUCCACCUUCUCCAACCCAACCCUCCACCUCCAUUAGAAGUUUGGAGCUUGACAUUGUCAACGACCAUAGAUCUGCCAUUAGUACUUCUAAUUUGUAUUUUCUUCCAUAUCCUUUUGGCAUCUACCUAUUUUUUCAGUUGGAGAAAACUGACACUAUGAAACUUAAUCUUAAAUCCUAAAAUUCAGAAACUAGAAUCACUCCAACAGGAAAAUUUGUUCUUUAAUCUGAAGGAAAGUGUUUAUGUUCUGUUCUCACUGUGUGCUGUUGUGGGAUAAAAAGUAAGUUGUUUUUAAAGGAUAUACUUGUAGAAUAACCUCUCCGGGAGAGGCAACUUACAGUUUCAACAGAGUCUGUUGAUAUAGUUUGUUAAUUUAUACAGAUUUUUGGAUGAGUUGAACUGAAGAAGAUCGGGUGUCAGAAGGGAUGGGGGAGGGAACUGUUCUGUACAUGCAGUGUCGUUUUGUACUAUAGGGGGAUUAGUUCAUGCAGGCUAUGAUAGGAUUUUCUUCUGACCAAAGUGGUGUUUGUUACCCUUCGAAUAUCAAAUAUAAAAGUUCAUUACAUAUUAAUGGGGCUGCUCAGGGAUGCAGUCAUAUUGGCUAUUAGCAAGCCCUUGUCAGUAUUUUUCUGCUGGCUUUGCUUGUGACCUGUGGGGACAAGCUGCAUUUUGCAUGUCACAGUAUGUCCUGGUUACAUGCAUCGCGGUCACACAGUCCUUGUGAUAUGCCUUCUCUUUGGUCUCCCAGUAUUGACCUACCUUGGUUGUCUCUUUAAAAGCCGGGACAAAUACCUCUUUUUAGAACUGGAAUUUCAGUUGUGCUGAUCUUCAAAUUGCUGUCUCCCAAAGUGGUAGUUAAUUAAAUAGGUACCCGGCGUACCUGGAGUGUCUUGGCUCAGCCUGCUCCUGGAGAAGGUGAUGCUGAAUGUACGCAGGGGUCCGGUGGGAACGGUGGUAUUGUUCUUUGGUACUUUUUUUAAAAAAAAAAGACUGGGGCACAGACAACACUUGUCACUUUUGUAUGUGUGACACUUUGGGGUCGGUAUUUCAGGAGUAAGCUGUUACUUCAGGUGUAACUCACACAAACUGCAGGGAAUUAUCAAACCACUCUGUGUAUCUAUUCUAUGGUUUUGCAGACUGCAUCUCUAUGGAAAAAUUGAGUAAAAGCACAUUUUGUUUGGACAGUCUUAAUUAAACAGUCUGAGGGAGGCGAUGGGAAUUGAUUUAGAAGUAACUGAUUUGUAUAUUUUUCCCUUAAUAAAGAGUGAUGGCAAAAA